AUGGCGGCCUCCUUCUCCGUUGAGCGAAGAAAGGUCAUGCGCAUGAUGGGCGCCAAAGUGGUGGUGACGCCAGCCCCACUGGGCGGUACCGGGAUGGUUCUGAAGGCUGAGGAGCUGGCAGAGAAGCAUGGCUGGUUCCUGGCCAGACAGUUCGAGAACGAGGCGGGUCCUGAAUACCACGCCAAGACCACAGGUCCAGAGAUUCUGAAGGACUUCGAGGGAAAGAACUUGGACUACUGGGUCACAGGCUAUGGCACAGGUGGCACCUUUCAGGGAGCCGGCAAGGUCAUGAAGGAGGUUGCAUUGGUCAGGAGCGCAGCCAUGGCGCAGCGCAAUGCGCAUCGCAGGCGCUAUGGGUACCUCGCUGUGGGAGGAUACAGCUUGCAUUGCUGGGCAGAUGAGAGAGUCCUCUCCAGUGGUGAGUUUCGCAUUUGGACAGCGAUCUAUUGCAUCCUUCAUUUCAUGAGUGUGCUCACCACAUUGAACGUGGAUUCCACUGACGCUUCGUCGCUGAUGUUGGGCUCUCGCCACGUCUUGCGGGGUUUGUGCGAUGGAGAUUUAGUACUGGACCGGCGGAGCUGCAGAAUUGUCGAUGACGCCAGUUGCCUGGAGCGCUUGUUGAAGUCCAAGAAGAAACUCUGUGACACCAGUCUUUUUGACCUCUUUCUGGACACGGAGAGCCGUCAGCGAUUCCUGCAGUUCCUGAACACCGAGGAUGAAAACUCGACCGGUACCGCGAUUCCCCGGGGCUUGAGGGUUUCCCUGCAGGGCACCGACGGUCCCGUGUCCAUGGAUCUCUUCCACACCAGAAUUCCCGAGGGAACAACAGGCAACGACUAUUGCUUGCUGGCCAUGAAAGAAGAUCCAGAACAAAAAGCUCCACCAGAUGCCGCGCCCGGUUCAAUUCCUCGAAAUGCAUUUGCUUCAGCGCCCUCCCAAACACGCACUCAAAGCUCGUCGGAGACUGAAAUUGUCAAUGCAUAUGAAGAACUGAUGGCGAUAGCAUUGCUCUUCAGCAAUGAGACUGGACUUCUGGACAUUAAAGAGGUUCAUUUGGUAUUUCAUCGUCAAUCAUGGGCGCCGACUAUCGAAACAGGCAUGCCAACACUGCGGAGAUUCAUCAAACCUUCUGAUUGGGAUCGGAUUGAACAGAUGCUUCAAAAUGUCAUCAACCUGCCUCCUGCGGACAUAGAGCGCCGGUGCUACUUUCGCCAUCCCAUGCUUUUUCGUUUGCCAGGAGCCAGCGGCUUGAGCACCAGCAGGCGCCUGGCUGAGGAGGAAUUGCCCCGACCCUUGAAGGAAGCUUCGGGGCGCUUCAUGAAUCCAUGGAAGAAGAACGGUCGGGAUCCCUGCGAGAAAGGCUUCAGCGACAUCGUGCGCUUGCUACGUGAUGCGCGGCCGCCCAUCUUCCAAGAUGCAGAUAGUGCGCAGUUGACGAGUCCAGUGCCGGUGGCAUGGGACCAGCUACGGGCCAUACGAGAUCGAAAGGAGACCCGACCUGUGGCUGUUUGGUUGGGACAUGCCUCGGUUCUGGGGAUCUAUGCCGGAAAGAUGUUCCUCUUUGAUCCAGUCUUCUCUGAGAGGUGUUCGCCUUUCUCCUUCGUGGGCCCUAAACGCUUCACUGAGAGCCCAGUGAAAGCCGAUCUCAGCGAUUGGCCGGAAGAUCUGCUGCCGGAUGUGGUGGCGAUCUCCCAUGCGCACUACGACCAUCUAGAUGAAGCCACUGUGAGGCAGCUCCACCAGCGGCGUCCCGCGAUGCGGUGGCUGGUUCCGUUGGGCCUUGGCUCCUGGCUCGCCGCGUGGAACGUCGGAACGGUGACCGAGAUGGACUGGUGGCAGAAAGUCGCCGUCGAUGACGAUCUCGCCGUGGUGGCGCUGCCGGCGCAGCACUGGGCCAAUCGAUGGCCCUGGGAUCGCAACACCACGCUUUGGUGUGGUUUUGGGAUCGUUCUCCAAAGUGAAGAGACGGUGAUGCCCCUGUGCUUUCUGGGGGACACUGGGUACUGUCCAGUCUUCCGCUUGCUGGGCUCGAAAUUCCAGAUCCAGCUGGCGGCAGUGCCCAUAGGUGCCUAUCAUCCGCGCUGGUUCAUGUCUGGAUCGCAUUGCGAUCCUUCGGAAGCUGUUCAGAUUGUCAAGGACCUGAAUGCAGCUUCCGCGUUAGCAAUUCAUUGGGGCACCUUUCCCCUGACCGCCGAGCCCUGCCUGUCCGAGCUCUCGGAGCUUCACGCGGCGCGCGGCAGGCUGCAGGAUGGCAGGCUGAGAGCCUUGCGCCCAGGAGGUCACAUGUGCUUGGAGACUGGCGGGCACGACCUGGCCGAUGAACUCGUCGAGCGCAACGGAGCGACUGAGCAGAAAGGUUUUCCGCUGAAGGUCCAGUGA